CACAGCGGAGCGGAGAGGAGCAGAGCGGAGCACCGCCUCCCCGGGGCGGGCCGGGCCGAGCCGAGACAGGGCGCUCGCUUGGGCCUUGCGUGCUCAGGCCUGGCCGCGCCGGGAGAAGGGCCUAUGGAGGCGGGGAGCGGCAGCGGAGCGGCGGCGGGGGGCGGCAUCGCUCUGCACGACUUCAGCGGGCAGCUGGGAGAGCAGCGGGUGCACUUCCACGCCAUGCGGCUGCGGGACUCGCUCUUCCUCUGGGUGGGCGCCGCGCCCGCCCUCGCCAGCCUGGCCGUGGCCAUGUGCAGCCCCCGCGACAGCAUCCCGGUGGCCGCCUCGCUCCUGGGGGACCCUUCCGACACCGCCUCCUCCUGCCUGGCGCAGCGCUUGGCCAGCAAGACCAAAAAACAGAUAUUUGUCAGCUACAAUCUUCAAAACACAGACAGCAAUUUCACCUUACUCAUAGAAAACAGGAUCAAAGAAGAAAUGACAGCUUUUCCAGAGAAGUUCUGACUUUGCAUCAUUGUAAAAUAAGAUGAAUUGUUUCAGAAAAACGGAUGGAAAUUUUCACACUGACAUUAAAUUAGUAUAUUUGUUUUGUAUUAUUUUGAUUGCAUUUGUGGUUGUUAUUAAAUAUAGAUGGACAUAGAUACAACUGGACCUGGAAUUUAUUUUUUUGCAAAUAAAAUUUGAAUUUAAAAUUUCAAA